UGUGAAUGUGAAACGAUGGACGAUUUACUUAUAAAUCACUUCACAAAAUAUAUAUACAGUGCUCUCAGCAUUGUCAAGAAUUGUCAUCCCUUGCCUUUACAUCUCAUCAUACUAGCCAAAAUGCCCGUGCCUGUCGAAGCCAUCAUCAAGACCUAUCCAUUCGAUCCAAACGACGCCGAGAGAAUCGCCUUCCGCCGCGUCAAGAACGAGAUUGAAAUCGUCGAGCCGGACCCCUCAUGGCCGCAGUCCUUUGAGCUGCUCAGAGACCGCAUCGUCUCCGCCCUGGGCCCGACCAUUGUCGAGCUCUCCCACGUCGGGUCCACCAGCGUGCCCGGCCUGCCGGCCAAGCCCCUCAUCGACAUCGAUCUGACCGUCAAGGACGUCCUCGACGAGGCUUCGUACGUGCCGCAGCUGCAGGCGGUGGGCUUUGACUUCUUGUUCCGGGAGCCCAAGUGGCAUCAGCACCGCUUCUUCUGCGCGUACGAGCCGGUUGCCAACUUGCACAUCUUUGGGCCGGACUGUCCCGAGACGGUGAGACACAAGAUCUUUCGGGACUGGCUAAGGAAGACGCCCGAAGAUAGGGAGCUGUAUGCGGCGGUGAAGAGGGAGGCGGCGGAGGCGGCGCGUAGGGAGAAUGAGACUGUGAAUGAGUAUGCUAAGCGCAAGGAUGGGGUUGUUGCGGCGAUUCUGGAGAGGGCGUUUCGGGAUUUGGGGUAUAUUGAGUAGUGGUGGGCGGCAUUCAUGUCCUGGCGGCUUAUGACUUGCUGAGCUGUUGUUGAUUCAGUGGUUGAACAGACAGAUUUAUCCAUGUGGUGUGGUCUUAUGGGCCGUACGUGAUCUAUAAGGAGUCUUUCUUGAUUAUCUACCGCGUCUCUCUUAAUUACUAUCCGCC